AAAAAACAUUGUUAGUAUCCGGUAGCCAUAUUUCUUUCAAAAGUUAGCCUUUUCCGUUUUGUUGUCGAGAAAAUGACGGGCUUUAGUAAUAAGUCCAUAGUAAUCGAUGGCCGCGGCCAUCUACUAGGCCGGCUGGCCGCAGUGAUUGCCAAGGUACUCCUAGAAGGAAACAAAGUUGUUGUCGUGAGAUGUGAACAGCUCAAUAUCUCAGGAAACUUCUUCAGGAACAAGUUGAAGUUCAUGUCAUUCUUGCGCAAACGGUGCAAUGUGAACCCAGCCCGUGGACCAUUCCACUUUAGGGCUCCCUCCAAAGUCUUGUGGAAGACUGUCAGAGGCAUGAUCCCACACAAAACAGAGCGUGGAAAGGAUGCACUCAAGAGGCUUCGCUCCUAUGAUGGAUGCCCUCCACCUUAUGACAAUCGCAGACGUGUUGUUGUACCAGCAGCUCUCCGUGUAUUCUGUCUGAAACCCGGGCGUAAGUACUGUCACGUGGGCCGCCUCUCCCACGAGGUUGGUUGGAAAUACCGUGAAGUUGUGCGCAAACUGGAGGACAAGAGAAAGUUCAAGACCAUCCACAAAUUGGCAUAUGAGAAGAAACUCAAGAAAAUCACCAAGGACGCAGGCGCCAAAGUUGCCAAGGCUACAGCACCCUUCACUGCAGUGAUGCAAUCCUAUGGAUACAAUUAGAACUAAGGGAAUUAUAUAAAAAAAUAAACCUAUGGUUGCCCA